GGUUCCCCCCCCACCCACCCACCCCAGCCGGUGCCCCCCCGCCCCGUCCCCCAGCCGCGAUGCCCAACUUCUCCGGGAACUGGAAGAUGAAGAGCUCGGAAAACUUCGAGGAGCUGCUGAAGGCGCUGGGCGUCAACAUGAUGCUGAGGAAGAUCGCGGUGGCGGCGGCCUCGAAGCCGGCGGUGGAGAUCAAGCAGGACGGGGAGACCUUCUACAUCAAGACCUCGACCACCGUCCGCACCACCGAGAUCAGCUUCAGGAUCGGGGAGGAGUUCGAGGAGCAGACGGUGGACGGGCGGCCCUGCAAGAGUUUGGCCAAGUGGGAGAGCGAGAACAAGAUGGUGUGCGAGCAGCGGCUGCUGAAGGGCGAAGGGCCCAAGACGGGCUGGUCCAGGGAGAUGACCAACGAUGGGGAGCUCAUCCUGACGAUGACAGCCGACGACGUCGUCUGCACCAGGGUCUACGUCCGGGAGUGAUGCCCCCCCCCCACUCUGCUGACCCCCCCACCACCACACCAGCGUCCCCCUCCCCUCCCCACCCAGCGCCAACCCCCUCCCGGCCCCGUGUCCGCCCCCCCCCAGACCCCAUUACCCACCCUGCGUCCCCUCUGGUCCCCUCACCCCACAGCCAUGGGGAGGGCCGUUGCAUCUUCCCACGGGGGGUGUGUGUGUGUGUGUGGUGUAAAUCAGAGCAACCCCCUUUUUUGGGGGGGAAAAUGGGGGUUUUUUCACCACUCCCCCCCACCCCUCCCUGCGGCACGGGGUCUCCUCGCUGCAGACAAAGCACCCGGUUUUUGGAGAGGCGCCAGGGCUGCGGCGGGGGGGGGGGUAACGCAGCUGCCUCCCUGCCCCUUUGGGUCGGAUUUAACUGGUUUUUCGGUUCACUUUGAUAUUUCGAAGGCAGCCCCCCCCCCCCCCCCCCCCCCCCCACUGCCCCGGGGCUGCGCUCGCUCUCCCCCUCCCCAGUAUUUAUUUGUGAAUAUUCUAUCGCAAGAAAACACCAAACAACAACCCCAACCCGGUGGCACCAUGCAACUUUGGGUCCGAAACCCCCCCCACUAGGGUC